GUGACUGGUUGGACUCGGAAGUGAUAGUGUAGGCUAACGAUCUGCACAUGUUCGACUUGGAGACUGAAUAUUAUUCAUGAUUACAUGCCUUUGUACUAGAUGUCAGUCACGAUCUAUAUUCCUAUCUGAACUGGAUGUCACAUUAUUAAGGUGGGUCAAAUAUAGCGUAUUAAGUCACCGACGGCAGGGCAGAUAUUGCUGUGAAGAGCGACAUCGCACAGUGGCGUAAUGCGGCACCUGCCAAGGCCACUACAGCGCUGAGAGGAUUCCACCGCACAGCGUCUGAUAAAACAGCGGUCAGUGCCGCUCCGAUCUGCGAAGCAGACAUUGCUCGAGAGUUGGGCAGCAGCAUCAGCAGUAACAGCAACAUCACAGCGCCACACGCGUGCGUGCCGUCUGGACUGGUGUGUUUGGUUCAAGACAGCUCUCCAAGCUAGUCUAUAAACAGCAGUGCAGUAUGAACGGCGCCCCGUUGGUGAUCUUAUUGCUCGCCGUGGGAGGUUCAGAGUGUGCCAAGAUCUUGGCCGCUUCGCCCUUUCCCGCCAUCAGCCAUGUGUUGCCCAUGAGGCAGAUAGCCCUGGAACUCGCUAGGAGGGGACACGACGUGACGUUCAUCACACCAGAUCCAGUCAAGAAGCCUAUAAAAAAUUUGACGGAGAUCGACAUAUCUCCGACGUAUAAACACCUUAGGAAGUCUGUCAGAUGGAUGGACCUCGCCAUGCGUGACUGGAGCCCUAUGGAGUUUGCGUCAGGCAUACCAGGCCCGUCAGGUCCUCUCUGUGAAGAUGGGCUUAACAGUCCAGAGAUGAUCAGCUUCUUAAAGUCGGCGCAGACGUUCGACCUGUACAUCAUGGAGAGGUCGUUGUUGCCGUGCUUCUACGGCGUGGCUCACGCAGUGGGUUCCCCACCGAUGGUGGGGCUCGUGACCCUCGGAGCCUACCCUUACACCCACUGGACGCACGGCAACCCGGACAACCCAGCCUAUUCGCCCUGGUGGGCCCAUCCUUAUUCUGACCAUUUGUCAUUUUGGCAGAGGCUCUACAGCUCUUGCGUAUGGUUCUACUUCAAUUAUCUGUGGUUCAACGUUAUGUUACCGAAACACGACACAAUACUGAAGAAUUAUUUUGGUCCUGAAGUGCCGUCGAUCUUCGAACUGGAGAGAAAUUUCAGUCUGAUGCUCAUCACUAACCACUUCACCCAGAGCUACCCCAGACCGAACCUACCGAAUUUCGUGGAAGUCACUGGGCUACACAUCCAGCCAGAUGUUAAACCUCUUCCCAAGGAUAUUCAGUAUUGGCUGGAUGAAGCCACUGAAGGUGUUAUCUACUUCAGCCUGGGUACCAAUGUACUGAGUAGCACAAUGCCACCAGAAAAGCGAAGGGCUUUCCUCGACGCCUUCUCCCAGCUGCCGCAGAGGGUGCUCUGGAAAUGGGAGGAGGACGACACGACAGACCUGCCACCUAACGUCAAACUGUCCAAGUGGUUACCACAACAGUCAGUACUUGCACAUCCUAACGUGAAGGUCUUCAUCACCCAAGGCGGCCUGCAGAGUUUCAAUGAAGCCACUUACUAUGGUGUCCCUUUAAUUGGGAUUCCAUUCAUGGGAGACCAGCACUACAACGUUGAAAAAAUGGUAACUGCCGAAAUUGGCUACAGGCUGCAAUUUCGGCAUGUCACGAUGGAUACUGUUUUAGAGGCUAUACGAACGGUUCUUGAGAAUCCCAGUUACCAUGAAAACAUGAAGAGGUUGUCAGCAAUAUACCGUGAUCACCAGGCACAGUCGCUGCCACAAGCCAUCUGGUGGAUAGAAUAUGUACUGCGGCACCAUGGAGCACCACAUCUGCGAAGUGCUGCCAUGGAUCUCACUUGGUACCAGUUGUUGCUGCUAGAUGUCACUGCCUUCCUACUGCUCAUCACAAUAAUUGCUGCUGUUAUGUUGUACUCAGUGGCUAACUAUCUAAUGUCUCACAUAUUUAAGACAAAAAAGCACAAGACUCAAUGAUGAACGACUUCUCAUUCGCAUUAAAGGACUGAAGCAACAUUCAUAACUGUCUUCCUUUGGCUACAUCGAAAACAAUGUAUUAUGGCACUGUACACACAAGAUGAUGUGUCUUGGCAUUUAUCAUUGUUUUUGUUCAUGCGUGUUAGCUGUACAUGCCCAUAUACGAGGGGCACAUCACAUUUAGUUACAGGUGGUCACAUGGAUACUGAGACAUCGCCUUCGAAAUUAAAAACUAAAUUUUCUAGAUUUCAUGUGUGCGUACAAAAUAUAGUAUAUUCAUUUUUGUAAUGUACAGCUAUGCCGAAUAAUAGAAUACCUCAUUUCAAUUUUAUAACUUUUGUUUAUAAACAAUGAGUAGGAGUUACAAAAUGAGAAGCAGAAAAAAUCGAUUUAUUUACUGCUGAGACCUGACAAGCAUUGCAUUAAUACUAAAGAAAGUAGGCAUGAUCAUUGGCUGGAAAGUUAGAUAUAACAGGUGAAAAUGUAAUUGUCCUGGCUGUUAUCCACAACUGCACUUGCAUAUCAAUAGUUUUGUUACGAUCAGUGAUGGUGAGUAAGUAAGCUAGUCACUUAUAAAUGUCUGUGUAUGUGGUGCUGUAUAGACAUAUGUAUAAAAUUUCUAUGCAGUGUCAGUAUGAAGUUACCUAAUGACUGUGUUUGACUUAUUUUACUGUAUGUCGAAUCUGAAAGCAUGUAUUAUAUUUCGAAUUAUAUUUAAUGCGUUACAUUCGUAAAAAAGUAGUUCCGCUCACCUAGUGCU